UAUUUUGCGAUGCGAGAGACGCCGCCGUGUAAAUAAAACGUUGAUUUAGCACAAAAUAAGUGACUCCAUGGACGCGCCGCCGUCGUAUCCCGACUUGGCGACCCUGUGUCGCCUGUGCCUCAAGGAGCACCAGGAUGCGUACGCGAUCUUCGAGGAGGACGACACCCAGCUCUCGAUUCCCGUGCGCCUGAUGGCCUGCGUCGCUCUGGACGCCAAGGCGACGGACAGCCUGCCGAAGAGGAUCUGCCAGGAGUGCCGGUACCAGCUUGAGAAGUCCUUCCUCUUCCGCCAGCGCUGCCAGUGGGCGGAGAAGAAGCUGCGCAAGCACAUCCGCCUCCUGGGCCUGGGCAAGCGGAGUCGGGUCUUCUCCAAGGAUCCGGACGACUACGACGAGGACGAGCUGGAAUUCGAGGACUCCAUCGCCUUUAUCGAGGUGCAGGACAAGGUGCGCAAGUUGGAGGACGAAAAGUGGCGAGAGGCGUUCAAGGAGGAGCAGGCGGCGGAGUUCAACAAGCGGCUGGUCAAAUCCCGCCUGGAGCUCCGAGCCAAACUGACCAUCGAGCUGCGCAAAGGACUCGCCGAAGAGGUGCGCAGUCAGGUGCGCGAGGAACUGGCCGAGGAGGUGCGCAACCAGGUGAGGCAUGAGCUGCGCCACGAGGUUAGCGAGGACAUGCGGAAGGAGCAGCUGGCCAUGCUUCUGGGCGAACUGGAGGUGUACCUUACCGAAAAGCGGGCCGGUCAGUGGGAGCCCUUGGAUGGCUCAGAGCCGGAUCCAAAGACACAAACCAAGGAGGACUCCUCGUCAAGACAGAAGCUAAAAUUACCUCCCAAGCGGCGCCCUAGCUCACCCUGCAAACCACAGGUGCCACUGCCCGUAAAGACGGAAAAGGAUGAAGAAUUCAUACUGGAGUCGAACUCGAACUCUUUAGGUGCUAACGAAGUUAAUUUGGACGCCCUCGAACUGGAGGAAGAAGUGCCCACGGAGGACGGGGAAGACUUCAGGGACAUCAAAAUGGUCGGAUCAGGGGAUGUGGUGCACACCGAGGACGGCGAGAUCUACAUUAUUAAUGCGGAGGAUCAAAAGCAGGACUCCCCGCCUGAAUUUGAUCAAGACAACGAAAUAACCUCCUACAACAUCAAGGAAGAUGGCGAGAUUCAGUUUAGUGGCGAGAAAUCGGAGGAAAUCGAGGACGUGGUUGUGUUUAACCUGGGCGAAGAGAUGUCUGAAGAGCAACAGGUCUUUAAUUUCGACGAGAAUGUCAUCAUCGUGGAAAAGGAGCCCAUGAAAGGUGAUGAGCAGACGCCCGUCAAACGAAAAAGAUCGAGUGAGUUGGUGUUCAAGCAGUCCUCCAUUUGCCCCCAACCAAAAACCGGGCGGGUAACUGACACGGUGAAGUCGUUCCAGUGCCAUUUGUGCCCAGUGGCCUUUGCCACGCAGAAACUGCUGACGCGGCACCACAACACCCACAUCAAGGGCCUGAAGAGUGGCAAGGGCGGCACGCUCAAGUGUCCUAGCUGCUCGCUGCAGCUGUCCUGCGCCAGCUCCCUCAAGCGCCACAUGAUCAUCCACACGGGCUUGAAACCCUUCAAGUGCACCGAGUGCGAACUGUCCUUCUCCCAGCGCGAAGUGCUCAAGCGUCACAUGGACACCCACACGGGGGCCAAGCGCCACCAGUGCCCCCAAUGCUCGAGUUGCUUCGCCCAGAAAUCUAAUCUGCAGCAGCACAUUAGUCGCGUGCACAUGGGCAACUCGCGGACGCAUAAGUGCCACCUGUGCCAGCGCAGCUUUAACCACGUUUCUGGCCUCAGUCGUCACCUGGUCACCCACGCCGGCGUCAUGUUCUCCUGCAAGCAGUGUGGGCGUCAGUUCAACGACCGCAGUGCUGUCCAACGUCACGUGACGACCAUGCACAAGGUCAAGAACAAAUCCGCCGACUACAUAUCUGAGCCCGAGAUCAGCGAAAUAGAGUUUCAGGCUGGUUCAUAGAAUAGUCCUCGUGGUUAUAUCAAUAACUUUGUCCCCCUAUGUUGCAAAACCAUCAAAGAACCAUUUUGCUCUGAAUAUUUUACAACUUUAUUCGCGAACUUGAAGUGCUCACAAUAGUUGGCACCAAAUAUCAUCAACAUGAUAGCGUUAAAACAUUUAGAAAACAUGCAGCGUUAAACAGUUUAGCAAACAAAUUCGAAUCGGAACAUUUGGAACAGCUCUUUAACAGGAUACCAUAUAGCUAGUACAUUUUACAAUAUCGUUUAAUAAAUACCACAUAAGACGAUGUACAAUUUGAUAGGCAAAUACACGUAUUUUUAAUAAACUCAACUCUUCUACGAA